UUGAAAAAGAAAAAAAAUACUAUGAUAUCCAAAAAUAUAUUUGAGCUAUUGCUAAUUGGCAAUUUAGCCUUCACAAAGUAGAGCUGCUUCAAGCCAAGGAAAAAACAUUGGAGCUCAGAUCAAAUCAAUGGCCGCCGCCCGCUUCCUCUUCCACUCUCUCACUCGGAAUGCUCGAAGCGACGGUAGAACCCUAUCGAGGUCCAUUUCUUCAAGCAUCGGAGCGAUUAAAGAAGAAUCCAUCACGGCCACGCAGGAAGGGAGCGUAAUUGAAUACACGGAAGAUGAGAAAGAUGAUUUGAAGAGCAGAAUUUUCCGGCUGCGCCUCCCAAAGAGAAGUGUCACUAAUGUUCUGCAGAAAUGGGCUGGCGAAGGCCGCCCAAUUCCCCUUUCUGAUCUCCGUAGCAUCACCAGAGACCUCCGCCGCUCGCGCCGGUACAAGCACGCUCUCGAGAUUUCAGAGUGGAUAGUUAGUCAUGAGGAGUAUCAAAUAUCCGACUCCGAUUAUGCAGUCCGCAUCGACCUGAUGACCCAAGUUUUCGGCAUUGAUGCUGCCGAGCGCUACUUUGAAGCGCUGCCUUCCUCGGCAAAAACUAGUGAGACAUACACUGCUCUCCUUCACUGCUAUGCCGGGUCGAAGCAGGUUGAGAAGGCAGAGGCUCUCUACGAGCGAAUGAAGGGAGAAAACCUCUCGUUGGAGGCCAUCACAUUCAACGAGCUCAUGACUCUAUACAUGUCAGUUGGGCAGCUGGAGAAGGUGUCCCUAAUCGUCAGAGACAUGAAAUCCCAGAACGUUGCGCCUAAUCUGUUCACGUAUAAUCUAUGGGUAAGCUCUUGUGCUGCAGCUCUGGACAUGGAUGAGGUAACGAGGAUUCUUGACUCGAUGGCUGCUGAUUCAGGCUGCGACGAGAGCUGGAUCAGAUAUCAGAAGCUUGCUAAGCUUUACAUCACCUCUACUCAUCUGGUUAGCUCUGAUUCCAGCUCUGUAGUCGAGAGCGAGAAAGGCAUCACGCAGAGAGAGCUGAUAUCGUACGACUUCCUUAUUAUUCUCUACGGGGGCUUGGGGAGCAAGGAGAAACUCGACCAAAUCUGGAAAUCGUUGAGGAUGACCGGGCAGAAGAUGACUGCACGGAACUAUGUAUGUGUGCUCUCGUCGUAUCUGAUACUCGGAUAUUUGGAAGACGUGGGCGAAAUAGUCGAGCAAUGGAAGCAAUCUGCGACUUCGGAGCUCAACGGCACCAUGUGUAUGAAGCUCUUAGCAGCUUUGGAGGAAACUGGUUUGGCAGAUACAGCAGCUGGUUUCCUUAUGAUACUCAGAGAAAAGGGCUGUGAUCCGACGGAGGAAACGCGAUGAGGGCGAGGCGAUGCGAUUCGAUUCGACAAAUUUGGUGUUAGCUGUAGUUUCAAGAGCAGGCUUCAGUUUGAAGAAGUGGUAAUAAGUUUGUAACAGAGUAAGGGAUAUACACAUUGCUCGGGGUGUACUCUCGUGCUGUUAAUUUUAUCGUUGGACGCGUUGAACUACAACUCGAAGCAUCGGAAAACUUGCAUUCUUCCGUGCGCUCGUGGCAACUCUUGACUCAAUUCAGCUCGAUUAGCACGAAUCGGAAAUAGCCCGAGCCAGAUAGGGAUGACCCGAAAAUCAAGUGGGUUGACCCGAUUGAUCGAAAUUUUCUUCAGUACUUCCUCGUUAAACUUCACUACUCUGAUUUUGAAAGAUAACAAAAACUUUUAUUCAGUUGCUUGUAGAAUGUGUUUUGAUAUUAUAUCCCGAAGCUAUAUUCAUGAUUUCUCUUCUUUA